GCCGGCGCGCUGCUGGGGGCGCUGCCCGCCGGGCUGCUGGCCGCCGGCCUGGGCCGCCGCCGCCUGCUCGCCGCCGCCGCCGUGCCCAGCGCCGCCGCCUGGCUCGCCGUCUACUUCGCCAUCGGCGACAUCGACUCGCUCGAGGGAUCGUUAGCAGACAGCGGUAUGUACUCGACCAAACUGUGGAUUCUGCUGAGCGGACGAUUCCUGCUAGGCGUCGCAAUGGGCGUCGCCACGGUGGUGGCACCCCUGUACUCUGAGGAAAGCUGUGACGUGGCCAUCCGAGGCCGCCUGGGGGUGGCGCAGAACCUGCAGAUCGACGCGGGCAUCCUGCUGGCCUACACGUUGGGCGCUGCGGGGGCGUCGCUGGAGACACAGACCCUUGUGCCGGUGGCCGUGCCGCUGGUGCAGUUGGUAGCACUGCUGUGGAUCCCCGAGAGCCCAGCCCACCUGGCCGCGGCGCCGGAGGCCGAGGCGUUGCGCCGGGCGCCCAAGGCGGCGCGAUGGCUGCGGCUGGAGCUGGACCCUCUGGAGCGGCGGAGGCGGGAGGCCGAUGCGAGGGGCGGCAAGGAAACGCCUCCACUCAGGGUCAGGUGUCGGGCACUGCUGAUAGUCGUGGGACUGAUGACGUUGCGACAGUUCCUAGGCAUCAACGCGUUCAUCUACUACACUGUCGACAUCUUCCAACAAGCUGACAGCUCACUAUCACCAGAGAUGGCCACCUUGGUGGUUGGAAUCGUUCAGCUGGUGGCGACGGCGCUGUCCGGGGCGGUGGUGGAGCGCGCGGGCCGGCGGCCGCUGCUGCUGGCGUCCGGCGCCACGGCGGCGCUCAGCCACGCGGCGCUCGCCCUCUCCGCGUCGCCGUGGGCGGCGGCCGCCACCUGGCUGCCACUGCUCGCCAUCAACGUCUUCUUCGUCGCCUUCGCGGCCGGCUUCGGCUCGCUGCCCUGGUUCAUCACGGCCGAGGUGGUGCCCACGCCGGACGCCGCCUGGAUGAGCGGGCUGGCUGUCGCGUCCAACUGGUCGCUCAUCUUCACCGUCACCAAGGUGUUCCCGGAGAGCGUGGCCAAGCUGGGCCGCCAGAUGACGUUCGCCCUGCUCAGCGUGCUGAGCACGGUGACGACGCUCUUCGCGCUGCUGUUCGUCCCCGAGACGCGGGGGAAGCCCCGGGACGCCAUCCAGAGGGAGCUGCUGGAGGAGAGCGUGUUCGUGCUGCCCUGCUGCGCGCGCAGCCGCCAGCGCGUCAAGCCGACCGACCGCGCAGGCGCCGGCGCGGGGGAGCAGCAGCCACUGGCCGACUACGGCGCCUCUGUCGUCCCUCCUCGGUACUCGUAGACGCGGAACGGAGGGGACUGGACUUCACACAGAGCCCUGUUAACAGCUUUACUGUCGUACUCUUUCCUAGUUGGUACCAUAAUCAGCCUGUAAGAUAUACCAUACCGAGCACUGCCAAACCACAUUAUUCUUGCCGCAUCCCAGGGACAAGAGGCAGACUUGGGAGUUUCAGACGCAGAUGGUUAACUACGGCCGCUGUGUUUCUUCGUGUUAACACUUAGAGACAAUAUUUUUCCUUUGUACUUGUGGAAAAGACUAUUGAUACAUGUAGUGUGUGUGUGUGGUCGAAGAACGUGAUGUCUUUAAAAGUUCAAUCGUCAGUAAAUUACGCCAUGUCCGUUCUCCUUUCCCUAAUUUCAUACAAAGAGUACAUACUGAAUGUCGCCGAAUGAUCUCAUUUUCAAACCAUGCCAUAAUAUUUCUCCUCAUUAACACGUGGUAUAUUAAAGUAUUUUUGUCUGACAAAUUAAAUAUUGCAGUCUACUUCCUUCAUUUUACUUAAAAUCUAACGUACUUUUAAUGGCAUGGCAUUGUCUCAACACAAAUGUAAUGUUAGUGGUGAAUGUCCAAUGUUUUUUUUUAGUAUGUUUUAUUAUAUCAAAUGUGAUCUGUUUAAAUGUUAUUAACACACGUACUCGGCGAAACCAAAAAAAUUUAAUUCUCUGUUGGGAAAGUCUGUUUGAUGAGCCUCACCGAAUAUCCUUAUAUUGCACUCGGUACUGUAUGCCCUCAUACACUGGCAAAAGGUAUUGCAGCCUUUUCUCUCAACUUUUCAGAAAUGGAGAAACCGAGCCAUGUAACGGAUUCUGACCAGAAAAUCAACACCAUAUUGGGGCCUAUUGCCCAAUAAGCUGGAAAUUCGUGUGCUUGUGUAAUAAAUUUAUUUUCUUUUCUUUA